AAAGAAGACUCAGAUUUAUCGACUAUGAGCUUCCAUCAAUCAAAAAUUUACGUUAUGUAAUAUUUUAAAACAAUAAUUAAUCAAUGUGUCCACCGAGCCUAUUCGUACAUACCUGAAACCUCAAACCGGCUUAUUUAAAAAUAGGUCUCUUGAUCUAUAUUUAAUUGUUUUCCGUGUUCUUUAAGCCUAGUUUUGAUUGAGGUUUUAUCCGUAAAGUGGCACAUUUGAAUAGUUGCUCUGCAGUGAAUUCAUAACGCUCCACGAUAAUUUAACAUCAUCGGUUUGAAGAAUUGCAAAAUGAACGCAGGAAAUCAGUGCAAAGUGUGCCGGAAGAAUACUGAUCAGAAAUGUGGAAAAUGCCAGCAGAUAUUCUACUGUUGCAAAGAACAUCAAAUGACCGACUGGAAACGGCAUAGGAAAAGUUGCCACCCCUUCAAGCUGUUAUCUGAUGGGACAGUUGGUCGGUUUUUGUCUGUAAUCAGAGACUUGAAUAGAAAUGAAGUUAUCCUCAAGGAAACCCCGCUGAUUGUUGGCCCUUCGCAAGUAACGGUUCCCGUUUGCUUGGGAUGCCAUCAGGAAAUCUCUAGAGAAAACUACAAAACAUGCAGCAAAUGCGGAUGGCCAAUGUGUUCUUCCAAGUGUGAGAAAAAUCUCGCUCAUUUACCUGAAUGCUACUUAACAAAACAAAGUGGGCAAAAAAUUUCCAUUGAGAAUUUCGGCGACAUAAACCCCCUGUAUCAAUGGGUAACGGUGCUGAGAUGUUUGUAUCAGAAACAACACAACUCUUUGGUGUGGAGCAAAUUGAUUGGCUUGGAAUCGCAUUGUGAGCAGAGGCAAGCGAUGUCGUCCUACCGGAAUGAACAGGCAAUGGCCACUGAAGUGCUACAGACAUUUUUCAAGUUGGACUCUUUCACUAUGGAGGAAAUUAUGAAAAUCAUUGGCGUCAUAAUGGUAAACUCCCACGAAGUUCCAUUAUCCGAACCUCCAUAUCUGGCAAUUUUCGAGAAAUCUUCCAUGUUGGAGCACAAUUGCCGAUCUAAUUGUACGAAGAGUUUUACAGAAGCUGGAGAGAUUCUCAUCGUUUCUGGCGUUCCCAUAAAGAAAGGGGAGCAUUUAAGCAUUUGUUAUGCGGAUCCGCUAUGGAACACUGCAAGACGAAGGGCUUUCCUAUACGAAACCAAAUACUUUUGGUGCUCGUGCCCUCGAUGUUUAGAUCCAAGUGAAUUUGGCACUUAUUUCAGCGCGGUUAGAUGCCAAAAUGGCGACUGCUCUGGCUGUCUUCUUCCCGCUGGUUUUUUGGACAUAAACGACUCAAGCAAGUGGGCUUGUAACAAGUGCACCAGCUCAGUUUCCAACCUUUUGGUUUCUGUACUGCUGAAUAAAAUAGAAACUGAACUCUUGCAGCUGGACGAUCGCAAUGUUGAAGCUCACAGGAGCUUCAUAAAGAAGUUGGGGAGAAUUUUGCCCCCAAAAAGCUGCUACUUGAGCGAAGCGAAGCUACAGUUGAUUCAACUAGUAGGUUCUUUGGAUCAAAAGGGCCUGUCUGAUAUGGAGUUAGAUUUGCGCAGGAUGUUUUGCACGGAAUUGGCCGAACUAACUGAAAUUAUGAUCCCAAGUGAAAAACGCGUUAGAGGCACGGUUUUGUUCCAGUUGCAUGCUUGUCUCGCGGAACUGGCCAGAAGAAUGUCGAGCAUGGGUUUAGAUCGGAAGCGAGCCCACUCCACACUGCAGAAAUCGAAAAUUCAUUUGGAAGAAUGCAUCGAAUUGCUGAAAUUCGAGCCGCUGGUUUUGCCGGAAGGCAAAAUUUACCAGCAGGCCCAAAAAAACCUGCUGGAUAUGAAGCGAUUUUUCAGCCAGUAAAAAGUUGGUAAUUCAUUUGAAUAUUUCUAGGCAUAAUUAAAAUUUAGUUGCGAAGUUUGGUCACGGUUUCCACCGAACUUCUCGCGAAAGCUCCAAAGAUCCUUUCCUGGAAACUCUGGAACGCGACUUACAGGUGCUUACCUUAUUGUAAUUGGUUUUGUUGCUAUUAGGAAUUUGAAUAAAUCGAAGUUCUGUUGCA